AUGGAAUAUUUUUACAAUUACAUUCCGUCGAAUUCAGCUGUGCAGAGACAGACGGAUAUAAUGCAGCUCACCAUGGGUCGUUCCGCGAAUGAUCACCGGGCGUCGAUGCCGGCUAGACAAGCCGUUCCCAAGUCGGAUCCGUUCAGACCUAGCAACGCGAGGCAACAGCGGCAUUCCAAGUCGCAACCUUUUGAUGCUGAUGAUUUACGGCGACGACUGUAUAUAGUUAUUGCAGAACAAGAAGCGCAGAAGAAGAGACAAAAGCGAAGACCAGACGAGAGUUAUCAGAGUCAAGAGCAGAGUAGAUCUAUAAGCAGAUCAGAGGCGAGACAGACGGAUGCUAUAAAACCAGGAGCUAGCGAGAAGAGCUUCGCGACACGGAUGGCAAAAAGCAAAGUCACGAUAGCAGAUUCGACAAGAGAAAACGAUGCCCAGCCGCCAAAAAUAAAAACCGGCCGGUCCAUGUCAAAGUCGAUCCAAGACAGGCUACGACGCCGACCGUCAGAGGUAGACCCGACAGCGACCGAGAGCGCGGUCAAAACAACAUCAUACCAACACGUACCCCAAGAAGCCGCCGCGCAAUUCGAACGGACGGCAACGGCCAACAGCAUGCGCGACAGGAAUCUCGAGCACAGCAUAUCCCAAUCAACACUCAAAUACCAAGUCGAACGCCGACCAUCAGAUCAACAUGACCUCGAGUCUAGCACUUCCCCCACGCAACAAAACCACCACACAUUAGAGCGAGUCCGAAGCAAACGGGAGCUCUUCCACGAGCGGAACCCCUUCCAAACCCCACAGUGGCACCCAUCCACCGUCAAUGCUCUCGCUGACACAGAAGAACUCUACCCUCACCCUCACUCUCACCAACCCCAACCACAACCCCAACAACAACUCCGCCGCCACAGCGCCCCCCUAGUCCUGCCCCCGCGCCCCUGGCGCAAAAACAGCAUCGGCACCGUCCUGGAGGACAAAGCGACAGACGAGAUCUCGUCCGAGGAGACGCUCGUCGUCGUCGACCCGGUGUUAUUAGCGACGACGACGACGACGAUAAUAAACGAGCACCGCGUCGACUGGACGCAGAGCGAUGAGAAGCCCGUUAAGUCUUCUUCUGGUACUGGUGCUACGGGCGGGGGUAGGAUCCCGCUGCUGAGAAAGGCGGAUUCCCUCUGGACGCUGAAGAAGCUGGGGGGUUUAAUAGGGGUGGUGUUUCUCGCGAGAAACAGCAGCAACAGCAACAACAGCAGGACGGUGGGAGUCCGACGGCUGCGACGUCGUCGUCGUCGUCGGCGCCGCUGA